AUGCGGACAGUCUUUGAGGAGCUGGAUCCAUUUAGGGACUUGGCGGAUGAUGAGUGUCUAGACGAAGAAAAGACUGAAGACCCUGAAUUGGUACAUGGAUCAAACUCUGGCGUCAAGUAUCAGCAGGAGCUGCUACAGAUAUCUUCCGAUGAUCUUCGUGAUCCAUUCUGCGAUCCAGAUCGAGAGAAUGUCAAUGUGCAGAGGGCCAUGCGGCAGUUUGUGCUCACGAAGCCCAGCUGGAAACAGAUGUAA